UCGGGAUGGUUGAGGUUCUUUGUGAGUCCCUACCACGCAUCCGCAAAUACAUCGUUUAUACUUGAACCCCCCAUCUCAUGCUAUUUAAUUAAAUUAGGUCGGAACCCUCGUCUGGAUCCUCGCAGGCUUCUCUACUCUAAACGCUCUUUACACGAAUGCUCGAACCCGCAAAUACCGUCUGUUCGAGGCUGACGUGGAGAAGGAGUACAACACUCCCUCGGCACAGCGUGUGAGAGUCCAGUCAUCGCCUGCUUCGUCCUCGCCCAUGCGCUUCUUGGCCGACUUGCUCAGCUCCGAGAGCGCCGAAUCGAGAGCGCACCCGGACCGGACCAGGGAUGUAUGGGAGCUCUCUGUCUGGGACCCGCUGCCCAUAUCUCUGCAGAUUCUGUCUUGGUUCGGUCCUGGGCACGUCCUGGUCUCUUGGAUGUUUCUCCCAGUGUCACAUCUGCAUACGCGGCCUAGUAUCGUCGUCUUCAAGUGGUUUGUUCUUCAAAUGAUCAUCUCAGCCCAGAUGUACCUCCUGCAGUCUAAAUUCUCCCAGCAGAACAAGGAUACUGCCAUUAUUCAGAAGGAGGUCAUGCAUGAAUACGAUACGAAAUUCGUCCACCCGCACCUGUAUCCUAUCGUCAGAGAUGCCUCCACCCAGAUCUCUCAGGACGAAGAUGGUAACGAUCAGGAAUUCGUCGGAGUUGGCACACCCACAACUGUGUUGCGCCGCGGCUUCAAGGCAAACCCGAAUCCUAACUACGCCAAAUACACUGAUCCGGAUGGCUCGACACCUUUUCGAUCAAGCACGUCGAGUGCAAGGAACCCGGGACUAUUCACCCCUCCUGUAUCUCGCCAGACGGACGCGUUUGCGCUGACAUCAAGCAUCAAACAGCGACCAUCGGGAAUGAGGCAUAGCACCCCUAGGGUUUCUUCUUCUGUAAGCAGAACCCAUUCACCUGCCGUCUCGACAUCCACCACCAUGACGCAGACGCAGACCCAACCGCAAAGCAGCGGCGGAUAUCUGGGCGUCUACACACAUCCUAGCUCGCCCUUGAAGAAAGCUCCCAGUCUCGGUGAGCUCCAGCACAGAACCCCUCGCAACAACAGUGAAAUGGCACAACUAGAGCAAUACCGAACUUAUCAAGGCAGGGAUCGCAGUGAUAGUCCCACGAAGAGUGUAAGAAAGAGCACAGGGACGUUGCCUUCCUCCACACAGACCGGCCGGGGGCCCUUGACAGAGAACAGAGGGCAAUCAUACGAUAGAUAUCCCUCCAUGUGGAGGUAACCAUGAUUUGCCGAGACUGGACAUAUCAAGUUGUAUUGAAAUGGUGUAUUUUUAGGCAGGACGGCGGACUAUUAUGGCAUUUACUGGCGUCUGGACCAUACCAAAGGGACUGCUAUAUCAACACGAUCAAGAGGAUAGACACCCCCAAAGCUUCAACCAUCGUUCCCUUCUGAUCCUGGCGUCCAAGUACCUUACAAGGGUUGUGCAUGUGCUACUAACAUGUAUGAUGGGAUUCUUGAGGAAUAAUAUGCAAUUUGCUGGGGAUGCGGCAGGGCCGUUCUUCCCAACCCUAGUGUCGUAAAG